AUGGACGCACUUUAUGCACAAUUUGAGGAAAUUCAAUCUGAAAUUGACAUUUUAGUUGAUGAAAGUGAAUUGGCCGUACACUCCGCCGCCCGCACAGAGUUUGAAGAUUUGUUUUAUGCGAACAUUGCCCUUGCGCAGGAGAUCUUAAAAGCCAAUAAGCCUGUUAAAAAUGAUGAUAAUUCUUCCAGUGACUCGUACGUUUCAGGUGACGCUGAGUUGCACGCACGCACGAAUCAUAAGGUGGUACACACAAGCACUCGAGGUAUUAAAUUACCGACGAUCCAGAUCCCUAAAUUCAGCGGUCAGUACGAGGAAUGGUUGGAGUUUCACGAUUUAUUCGUCUCUUUGAUACAUGAACAUACGGCGAUCUCGGACAUACAGAAGUUUCAUUACUUAAGGGCAUCCCUGGAGGGGGCCGCUGCGCAGGUAAUCAAAUCUUUAGAGUUUUCAGCUCGCAAUUAUAAAAUCGCUUGGGAUUUGUUGUGCGACAGGUUUGACAAUAAGCGCAUACUUAUUCAAAAUCAUAUCCAAGCGUUGUUCGCUUUAGAACAAAAUAAAAAAGAAUCAUAUCAAUCAAUUCGUAAAAUAAUAGACACUUUUACUAAAAACUUAAGAGCCUUAGAGACUCUCGGAGAACCCACCACUUCAUGGGACACUCUCAUUAUUUAUAUUAUGAGUACAAAAUUAGAUGCUAGGACAUUGCGGGAAUGGGAAGAGCAUAAAUCCGAUUUAAAGGUUAUUAAAUUAGACGAUUUCACAUCGUUCUUAAAAAACAGAGCCGAUUUACUUGAAACGUUACACAUGAGUAAUAAUAAUAAAAAUGUCAGCGCCAGAGCUGAUAAAUACAAAUCUGCCGAGUACGUCAAGAGUCUCGCAGCAGUCACUAGUGCGCCACAGCAAAAAUAUGCGUCAUACAAUUACAGCUGCCCCUUGUGCAAGCAAAAUCAUCGCAUUUAUAGGUGUGAACAGUUUCUAGGACAAUCUGUCAACGAGAGAGCAGAAUCGGUGAGGAGGCUCAAGUUAUGUGAGAACUGCCUUCGCCCCGGUCAUCAGGCUCGCGUUUGCAGAUUGGGCCCAUGCAUGAAAUGUUCACAAAAACAUAAUUCAGUGCUUCAUCCAGAUACAGCGUCAGGAUCAUCUGAGCCAUCAGUUGUGGGUGCGACGUCACAUUUAUUCAUGCCAUCAGGGCGAGGCGUACUCUCAACUGCCGUGAUCCACAUGUACGACAAGGACAACCACCGCCAUGAAGUAAGAGCCUUUAUUGAUAAUGGUAGCAUGUCUUGCUUCAUGACGGAUUCCUUGUUACGUAAAUUGAAACUUAAAUACACAGAAUUUGAAACGACCGUUAUUGGAUUAAAUAAGCAGGUCAUGACACAUGUCUCAAAAAAGUGCAAUGCAACAUUCGAAUCUAGAACUAGCCCAUUUAAAGCCAACAUGACAUUCUACGUUGUACCGGAGGUUGUAGCUCUAGAUUCAAAUGUACCUAAACUAAAUAUACCUAAACAUGUAAUAAUGGCAGACCCAGAGUACUUCAACCCGACGAACAUAGACAUUCUACUGGGCGCAGAAAUAUUCUGGGAGCUGCUUGAACCGGACCAAAUUAGUUUGGGUACAGGUUAUCCAAUAUUACACAAAACAAAACUCGAUUACGUAGUUGGCGGGCCUACCAGAGGGCUUAAUCAUAAACAAACAAAUUCAGUUGAACCAAUACAUUGUAAUUUGAUCGCAGACAUAACAGUGCAGGAACAGCUAGCUAAAUUCUGGUGUCUUGAGGAGGUUCCGGAUAAUUCUAAGCAGGUAUAUUCUGUAGAAGAACGUUUGUGUGAACAGAAUUUCGUGGAAAACUUUACCCGAAUGCCAGAUGGGCGAUUUUCCGUCGCAGUUCCUCUCAAGAAACCAGAAUCAUGCUUAGGUGACUCAUUUAAUCGCGCUAAACAGUGCUUUCUAUCACUUGAGCGAAGGCUAGACAAACAACCACUGUUAAAAGAAAUGUACACAGACUUCAUGUCUGAAUAUAUUGAACUAGGACACAUGUCUGAGACCAGAUCAGACUCGCAAACCAACAUGCAGUCAUUUUUUCUACCACAUCAUGGAGUUUUGCGCGAACAUAGCUCCACUACAAAGCUGCGUGCUGUAUUCAAUGGCAGUGCUGCCACGAGUUCAGGGGUUUCAUACAAUGACCUCCAAAUGGUCGGGCCCACUAUACAGAGUGAUUUAUUAUCAAUUCUUUUGCGAUUCAGGCAUUAUCCAUACGUUUUGACCGGAGACAUUGAGAAAAUGUACCGGCAAGUUUUAGUUCAUGAAAAUCAACGACAUUUACAGCAAAUUAUCUGGCGGGAUGAUCCUACUAAAGAAUUAAAAAUAUACAAAUUGAAUACAGUUACAUAUGGGACAGCAUCCGCGCCAUUUUUGGCAGUCCGGUGUUUGAAACAACUUGCCUUGGAAUGUCCAGAUCCACAGUUAGCACAAAUCAUUAGUGACGACUUUUAUGUCGACGACUUGGUCACAGGUGCUCAAACAAAGGAGCAAUUAAUAAAAAUAAAAGAAGGCGUUUGCAAAGUUUUAUCCACAGGUUGUUUCAAUCUCCGUAAAAUCAGAUCCAAUAUAGAACUCUCUCAGUCAGAUUCAUGCCAGACAUUGAACCUCGGCGACCAAGGUUCGUCAAACACCUUGGGCCUGGGUUGGUCACCACCUGAUGAUAAAUUAUACUAUACAAUAAAGCAAACUGUUGAUCAAAAUCCAACCAAACGGUCAAUUCUGUCCGCCAUAGGACAGAUAUAUGAUCCGCUUGGCUUAUUAAGCGUGUGCGUCAUUCAAGCUAAAAUCAUGUUACAGAAACUUUGGUUAUUAAAAUGUAAUUGGGACGAUCCUUUACCUUCAAAUAUUGUAAAUUUAUGGCACAAGUUCCAAUCUGAAUUACGUCAUGUACUUGAUUUAAAAAUUCCGCGCUGUGUCAUCAAUGGCGAUCCAAAUAGUGUGAUUGAAAUUAACACUUUUUGUGACUCGUCUCAGGACGCAUACGGCUCAUGCUUGUACGUUAGAUCGGAAUGUAACGGACAAGUGGAAAUCAACUUGUUAUGUGCAAAAAGUAAAGUCACACCUUUAAAACCUACGACGAUUCCGCGUCUAGAAUUGUGCGGUGCCCUUGUCGCUGCACGUCUGACUGAGAGAGUGCUGAAAUCUAUUCGUUUACCAGUAAAAAGAUGUAUUCUCUGGACUGAUUCAUCUAUCGUUUUAGGUUGGCUCCAAACGCAGCCUAACAAGCUUAAACAAUUCGUUAAAAAUCGCAUUGCUGAAAUUCAAGAGCUCACUGCUAAUCACGAAUGGCGCCAUGUGCCAACAGCUUCAAAUCCAGCAGACAUGUUAUCUCGCGGAGUAAACAUGUCAGAAUUACAAGAUUUGUCCAUGUGGUGGAAUGGCCCAGAUUUUCUAAAGGAAGAUGAAUCGAGCUGGCCUAAAACCUACGCACCUCAUUUUGGAGGGCUAUGGGAGGCUGGGGUUAAGUCUUUUAAAUAUCAUUUAACCAGAGUUAUAGGCGACUCCCACCUUACAUUUGAGGAGCUUUACACUAUUUUAGUCAAAAUUGAAGCUACGCUUAACUCACGACCUAUAUCACCAAUGUCUUCAGAUCCAUCAGAUUUAAAUCCAUUAACGCCAGGUCACUUUUUGGUCGGACGUCCUCUUACCGCUCUGCCUGUUCCUCCACUAGAAAGCAUAAAUCCGACCAGAUUACAGCGAUGGGAUCGCAUUGAACAAAUCCACCAGCACUUCUGGACAAGAUGGCAAAAGGAAUACGUCUCUGAGUUGCAGCAAAAGACAAAAUGGAGGUCAUGCAAAGGACACCUCGACACAGGAACGAUGGUCAUCGUUAAGGAAGACGCUGUGCCACCUUUAAAAUGGAGUCUUGGACGUAUCGUGCGCGUCCAUCCAGGCAUCGACGGAGUAACCAGAGUCGCCGAUAUCCAAACGAAUCGAGGCAUCAUCAGAAGAGCCUUCAAUCGAAUCUGUCCUCUUCCUCUGGACGACGAUCCUGUUGAAAGCAGGACUUUCAACGCCGGGGGGCAUGUUGAGGAACCCUAA